UGUCCGCGGUGCUGAAACAUUCGCUAGUAGACGGGUGACAGGAGCUGACUGUGGGGCUGAAGCCAUCGUUAGCGUGGAGGGAGCUGUCCGCGGUACUGAAACCACCUCCAGUGGACGGGAACUGGCCGCGGUGCUGAAUAUAUCGCCAGCGUGGAGGGAGGGACUGUAAGAUUUGACCGCCGAGUUGCAGCGCCGAGUAUUCUUCCUGAUGCAAAGCUGCCUGUAACCUCCCCGAAGACCGUGGCUUACCCGAACACUCGCCACACAAGGGGGAGCGAAUAUCGACCACCCCUCCCCCUCCCUUCAACCCACAGGGACAAGUCGCUGCCUGAUUCCGCCGCCCGGUUCCAUCCUAAGAACGGUGGGUGUGCGUGAGGAUGGAGAGAUUCCUCUUCUGUCUGCUGUUGCUCAGCCUGGCGGUCAGGACUCAACUCUGCCCCAAACGCUGCAUCUGCCAGAACCUCUCACCGUCCCUGGCCAUCCUCUGUGCCAAAACCGGGCUGCUCUUCGUGCCCCCGUUCAUCGACCGCAGAACAGUGGAGCUGCGGCUGACCGACAACUUCAUCACCACCGUCAGGAGGAAGGACUUUGCCAACAUGACCAGCCUGGUGCACCUCACCCUGUCCAGGAACACCAUCAGCCAGAUCAUGCCGUUGACCUUUGGUGAUCUGCGUGGCCUCCGGGCCUUGCAUCUGGACAGCAACAGGUUGACCAGGCUGGUGAACGAACAUCUGAAGGGCUUGGUCAACCUGCGGCAUCUCAUCCUCAACAACAACCAGCUCCACCACAUCUCUGAGGGAUCCUUCAAUGACUUCCUCAACUGCUUGGAGGACUUGGACAUGUCCUACAAUAACCUGGAGCGUUUCCCAUGGGAGGCCAUCUCCAAGAUGAUCAACCUCAACACCUUGGCCUUGGACCACAACCUGAUCAGCCACAUCGAGGAAGGGACCUUCUCCGUCCUUCACAAGUUGGCACGCUUGGACAUGACGUCCAACAGGUUGCACAAGCUUCCUCCAGACCCACUGUUCUUAAGGACUCAGCUGCUGAUCAAUGCCAAGGGUAUUCCAUACUUCUCCUUGACCCUCAGCUUCGGGGGGAACCCUCUUCAUUGUAACUGCGAGCUCCUCUGGCUUCGAAGGUUGACGAGGAAGGACGACCUGGAGACUUGUGCGUCGCCACCACAACUGAUGGGCAAAUAUUUCUGGUCCAUCGCAGAGGAGGACUUCACCUGCGACCCUCCGCUCAUCACCCACAUGACGGCCACCAAGGCCUUUGUGGUGGAGGGCCAGGGGGUGACGCUCAAGUGCAAGGCCAUUGGCGAUCCAGACCCCUCCAUCCUCUGGAGCUCACCAGAAGGCAAGCUGGUGUCCAACUCCUCCAGGACAAUCAUCUACAACAACGGCACACUGGACAUUCUCAUCACCACCCUCAAAGACAGCGGCAUGUUCACCUGCAUCGCCUCCAACGCAGCGGGAGAGUUAGCCACCAACGUGACCAUUGGCAUCAUCCCCCUGCCUCACUUGGUCAACUUCACCAAGGAACGAAAGAAGCCAGCACCAGGCUCGUCGGACAUCACCACCUCCACCAAGACCGGCUCCCCAUCCAACGGCAGUGAUGCCAAGAGCUCACACGACAGGAAGGUGGUGGCAACGGACCUCAGCACCACUUCCGCCCUCAUCCGCUGGCCCUCUCUACAUCCCAUCCCUGGCAUCCGCAUGUACCAGAUCCAGUACAACAGCUCCACAGACAACACCCUGGUGUACAGAAUGAUCCCAUCCACAAGCAAGACUUUCCUGGUGAAUGACCUGACCCCGGGGAGAGACUACGACCUGUGCAUCCUAGCUGUGUAUGAUGAUGGCAUCACAUUGAUGACUGGCACCAGGGUGGUGGGCUGUGUGCAGUUCACCACUGAUCAGGAAUACACGCAGUGCCAGUCUGUGCACGCCCAGUUCCUUGGCGGGACCAUGAUCAUCAUCAUCGGGGGCAUCAUCGUGGCCUCUGUCCUGGUUUUCAUCAUCAUCCUGAUGAUCAGGUACAAGGUACACAACAGCUCGGCGGACAGCAAGACCAUGGUCAGCAACGUUUGCUCCCAGACCAACAGCAGCCAUUCAGCAGCCAUGGCCAGGUCCACGUCCAAGCUGGCCCCCACCGCGCAAGGUGAGUGCACGCACGAGGUGUUUGCUGAAUGUUCCAAGGGCUCGGUGGCAGUGUUGGUAAACAUGUCCGGGGAGAAGGGUGGUCUUCCCCACAGCACCAUGGUGACGGCCAUAGACCAGGGGAGGACAAAGACCAGCGUGGACCUCCGGGCAGAGGCUCAGCUGUCUUGUGAAGAGGUCCCGUCAGCAGGGAGUACCACCGACACCAGCCUGUCAGUCUGUUUGGUGAGCCAGCGCCGAAGGCAGAAACCGCCCACCGUUUCUGUUCUGCCUUGCGAUCUGUCGAGAGCCCGACAUAGACACUCGUUUGACGGGGACUAUUCUCUGUUCCAGAGCCACAGUUAUCCCCGGAGAGCACGGACUAAGACAAGCCUGACGGGCAGUGGCCACAACUUGAACUCUGAUGACUUGGGUGUGGAGAGCAAGCGGGCAACGUACGGCAGCACGGAGUGGAUGUUGGAGAGCACGGUGUGAGCCCAGCGGCCGAACGUCCAUCUACUGAGCACCAAGGCCACUUGCACCACUUGGACCACCUUUGGAGGGAGCAAGAGGGCACUUGUGUUGAUGCCCCUUGGUACACAUGGCAAUGCCUUAAAGCACCCCCACAUUGGACAUGGGCAAGGGGGAGUUUGACUACGGCCAACACCAGGAACUAGGAGUGGCCUCACCAUCUCCACAGACAGAAUAAGAUGCUUUUGUGUUCUUUCCUCUCUCCUCACUCCCCCCAGCGUUCCACCGGGCGCGCCUGCUGGGCGGUGACAUUUCACAUCUGGCACGGCCAACAUCUGGCAAAGGCCAACAUCUGGCAAAGACCAACAUCUGGCAAAGACCAACAUCUGGCAAAGACCAACAUCUGGAAGCCAUGCGCCAACAUUUACACUCAUUUCAGAAGAAGGCAAAGCCUUUGAUAUUUAUUGAAAAUAGAAACUAAAAGCGUAUAAGAGUUAACUGACGGAACAAAGAUUUGAACAUAAUUGGAGAACCUUCCAGUAAUACAUUUCCUUUCAUGUUUGAUAUUUGUUAUAUCUGGCUGGCCUGGAUCAAUUUCUGUGUAAGUGUAUACAUUAUAUCUAUAAAGGUAUCCUGCUGGAGAUAUUUAUAUAGAUAUAUGUAUCUGUAUUCUACAUUUAUAUAUCUAUAUAGUACUGAGUUGUCCCACCCAUGAUGUUUUUAAAGACCCUGUUGAUGAACAUGUUUUUAUAUUAAAAACCUGCGCCAUCA